UCUUGGUGGAGGAAUGCUUGUCACCUACUCUUUUUUUUUUUGGUUUCCACUAUCUUCUCUCCAAGAAACAAAGAAGAGCUUGUGAGCUCCUCAGAGGAAGAAAGGUACAGAAAAAAAUUUGCUCUGUUUUUUUAAAUAUUUUGGCUCUGUUUUUGGUUGAUCAGAGUUUUGGGUUUUGUUAAUUACAAUGGAGAGGCAUAAGUGUAAGCUUUGCAUGAGGAGCUUCUCCAAUGGCAGAGCCUUGGGGGGUCACAUGAGGUCUCAUAUGAUGAACCUUCCAAUUCCUGCAAAACCAGAACUUGAGGAGGAGGAAGAAGUACCACCAGGUAGGAACCAGGACCAAGUCCAGCUUCUCAUUGAUGAACUUGCCGAGUCUGCUUCAGCUUCUUCAUCUUCUUCUGAAGAAGAAGAUGAACAUGGGGACGAAGGGGAAGAAGGGGAAGAGGGUAUGUUUUAUGGGCUCAGAGAGAAUCCAAAGAGAAGCAUAAGGCUAGUAGAUCCUGAGUUUUCUUUUGCUGUGGAUGCUGGCUCUGUUGUUCUUCAAGAUAGAGAGAGUGAGACUGAGUCGUCUAAGAACCCAACUCGGAGACGAUCCAAAAGGACUCGGAAAUCCGCCAUGUUAGAGCUUCAUCAUCAAUACCAAAACCACCAUCAAAAGCUUGAAGCUUUGAAGAAAAUUAAGCUAAAAAACAAAGUCAUUAGCAGCAGCAAGACCGAUUCUUUCGAGCCCGAACCGGUUAGUUCAAUUUCUGAUGCCACCACAGAAGAAGAUGUUGCCUUUUGCCUCAUGAUGCUCUCAAGGGACAAAUGGAAAAAACAAGACCAACAACAUCAUCAACAACAACAUCAACACGAACAAGAACAAGAUCAGGACGACGAAGCUGAAAGAUCAAUGGAGGACAGUGAUGAAUCCGAGGAACAGCUGGUGAAGUUUCCAAGAACUAGAACUACGCGAGGGAAGUACAAAUGCGAAACAUGCAACAAAGUGUUUAAAUCCUAUCAAGCUUUAGGUGGGCACAGGGCCAGCCACAAGAAAAUCAAAGCUUCCAAUCCUAACCCCAUCUAUGAACAUGAAUUGGAGCAAGAAAAUAAUGCAGGUGCUUCUUCUGUAGCAGAAAGGAAAACCCAUGAAUGCCCAGUUUGUUUUAGAGUCUUUUCAUCUGGUCAAGCUCUUGGUGGGCACAAAAGAUCCCAUGUGACUGGUUCAGCAGCAGCUGCUGCUACCCAUGUGAAAAAUUUAAACAAGCUUGGUGACAAUUUGAUAGAUCUUAAUCUUCCUGCUCCUGUUGAAGAUGAUGAGAUCAGCCAAAUUGAGCUAUCUGCAGUUUCUGAUGCUGAGUUUGUGAACCCCAUUAGAAGAUGAAGAAGAAGUUAAUUGCCAAAUGAGUUUUCUUUACACAUAUGGCAUAGCUUUGAAUCAAAAGGUACAAGAUUUUGUCAAGUUUUUUGAGUAUUGCUUUGCUUGGAUCUGUUGUUCUGCCAAACUUGUUAUGCCAAAUGGGAUUGAUUACAUGGUUUCUGCUGUAUGAUCAUCAAAAUUGUUCCUUCAUAAUUCUAACUGUAAUUCAUUUCUCACAACAUCCAACAAUUCAGGAACUACAAAUGUUUACUUCAAAUUUUU